AUGUCGCUCCUGCAGAGGUCUCGCCAGGCUAUCGCAGGCCCUUCACGGCUGAGGCUCGAGCAUCUCUCAGGCUCAUCGAUCGCUCAAAGUCGGCGUCGUCUCACUCAACCGGCAGGACCGGCGUCAUCUUCCCUGCUGUUGACGUCGUCUCGAACUCUAGCCACUCGCCGGAGUGGUCGAUACGUUGACUUUGGACGGCGAGCGCUGUCGUACGAUGUACUCGGCAGAUUAGGUCCCAAAGAGCCAAGUUGGCCAGCCGCUUCACCAGACGCAAACGAGCUCGCCCAAGCGACGGCACAGGAGAGUGCUCAGGUCUCAACACAGCCCGCAGAGAGCAUGGCAGAGGAAGUCGUCGCGCAAGUCGAGGCGACCACUGACGCUGUCGUUGCCAAUGUCGAGACUGCCUCGCACACGUUAGCAGAAUACGGACUAGGCCAGAGCUGGUGGCCAUCUUCGCUCGUUCAGCAGAUGCUCGAGAACAUACAUACCGCUACCGGACUGCCCUGGUGGGCAACGACCAUCGUCGCCGUCGUGAUAACUCGGUCACUCAUCUUUCCCAUCGUCGCCAACGGCAUGGCCAACAAUGCGCGCAUAGCGAACAUUAAUCCGCAGAUGAAACCGUUGAUGGCCGAACUGAAAGAGGCCAGGGCGAAUAGCGAUACUGCCAAAGUACAGGCAGUCUCGCAGAAAGCUCAGGCUCUUUACAUUGCUAACAACUGCAGUCCACUCAAGAUGCUCGGCCCGGUCGCUGCACAAGCCACAACUGCCAUCACGUUCUUCUUCGCGCUGCGAGGUAUGGCGUAUGCCAAGUACCCCAGCCUUCUUGACGGUGGCCUUGGCUGGUUCACCGAUCUGACGCUGCGCGAUCCCUACUAUGCGCUACCCAUCGCAAGCGCUGUCGCUACGCUCAUCGUCCUCGAGACUGGUGUAGAGACGGGCAACGAGGCAAGCAAGAACAUGAAGAUCGCCUUUCGAUUCCUUGCAGUCGUCUCCAUUGCCUUUGUUGCGACCUUUCCCGCUGCUAUGCUCUGGUACUGGACGAUUAACAACACCUGGUCGCUGAUCCAAGCCUUCAUCAUGAGACUACCAGCUGUGCGCAACUAUUACGAUAUCCCGGAGCGCAAGAAGCAACCCGUCCUGCCAAACGCUCCGCCAGAGCUGAGCUUCACGGAUUCUAUCAGGAAGACAUGGAACGACCAAGUCGCGACAGCGCAGCAAAAAGCCAGCGCCCGUACGGCCGAGCAGAGGCAAUACAAUGCCAUCCGACAGCCAGACGCGCGUACAUACUUGGCACCUGCUCGCCGCCAAACUAUCGCCCAAGCACAAGUGCGGCUAGACGAUCUCGCUCACUCAGUUGGCGCUCCGGCUAGCGCCUCUCGCAACAGCCACAGCAUAUUAGCAUCAACUUCAGAGACAGACUUCAGGGCGCAAAAGGCCCAAAGGCUUCAAGCCGCGCGCCUUCGCAAGCUAGAGAAUGCGAGAUCCAGGUGA